AUGAUGUGCAACGCAAAGUUCGUGGCUACCUUUGCCGGCCUCCUCGCCUCCGCGAGCGCAGGUCCCAGCGUGCAACUUGAAAACGGUCUCACGGUCCAGGGCCGGAUCGCCCCCGAUGCCUCCAACGUCGCCGAGUUCCUUGGCAUCCCCUACGCCGCGCCGCCUCUCGACGAUUUGCGCUGGGAACCCCCCCAGCCCUAUGUUGCUCCCCAGUCAAGUACUCCUUUCGCCAAUGGAACCGUCCUCAACGCCACGGCGUUACCGCCCUCGUGCUGGCAGUACAUCUCCAUCCACCCUGCCAUCCAGCGUGUGGAUGUGCCUGAGUUCAUGAUCGGCGAUGCCGGCAUGGACGAGGACUGCCUCACUGCUAGCGUGUGGGCCCCUGCCGGCGCCGUUCUGGCUACCGGCGAGCAGCAAGCUUCCGGAGAGGGACUCCCGGUCAUCAUUUGGUUCUACGGCGGCGGCUUCGAGACGGGCGGCACCGAUGUUCCCUACCAAAUGCCUCAAAACUGGAUCCAGCGCUCGCAGUCGCACAUCUUCGUUACCUUCAACUACCGCAUGAAGCUCUUCGGUUUCCCCAACUCUGCCGCGCUGAAGGAGCAGAACCUCGGACUGAUGGACCAGCGCUUCGCUGUCGAGUGGAUUCGCGACAACAUCGCACAGUUUGGUGGUGACCCUGAGCGCAUGACUAUUUGGGGCCACUCCGCCGGUUCCAUCGCCGUCGACUACUACAGCUUCGCGUACGCCGAGGACCCCAUCGUCAGGGGCCUCAUCAUGGACUCCGGCACGGCGCACCUGGACCAGCUGAUGAACCACGACGAGUCCCACUCCAAUUUCACGUUCGUCGCACAGCAGCUUGGUUGCGGCAACUCGACAACCGCCGAGGCUGAGUUGGCAUGCAUGCGCAAGAUUCCUGCAGAGAAGCUUGAGAACUUUGUGGCCACUUACAAGGACUCUGAGGUCACGCCUACCAUUGGCUUCUCUCCCCAGAUUGAUAACAAGAUUGUCUUUGCCAACUACACCGAGAAGGCUGCUCUUGGCGAGCUGUCCGAUCUUCCCGCAAUCAUCGGAUUCAACGCCGCAGAGGGCCUCUUCCUUGCCCCUUACGAUGCGGAGAACGGUCCCGAUCCCGCCGUCGCUGAUGCCUUGUCCUACCAGUUCUUCUGGUGCCCUGCCACCAAGACCACUAAUGAGCGUCUGGCCGCGGGAAGGACCACAUACCGCUACUACUACUCUGCCGUGUUCAACAACACCUCGCCCCGCCCGUGGAUGGGUGCUUACCAUGGUAGCGAGCUUCCCAUGAUCUUUGGCACACACGCCGACUUCCGUGGUAACUCCACCGUGUUCGAGUAUGAGCUCAGCCACAUCAUGAUGGAUGCGUAUGCCGCUUUUGUGAAGGACUCGACUGCGGGUCUGGACGCUAUCGGAUGGCCUGUCUACACGGCUGAGGACCGGCUUGUCCGUAGCUAUGGCCAAAACAACAAUGUCACCGUCGGCAAGCGCACACUGUCUGAUAUCGAAACAGAGUGUGCGAACCAGGGGCUUUUGUAG